CCAGCUUUUCCUCCUCCGCAACGACAGCUCAUCCCGCUUCUUCCUCCUUCACCAUCAGCACAAGUCAUCGCCAACCGCACGGAAAAUAAUCGACAGGAAGACGCGUCGGAAAGGGUCUCUGGCGACAACUCUGAGCGACUCUGGAUCUUUAUUCUCCGGAACUUUUGAAGGCGGCACCGGGCAUUUAACUUGCCUGUUUGAUUGCCGCUUCUUAGAUUUACGGCGAUCGUUCCAUUUCGUCCCCUUCUUUUUUGUGACUGUCUGCGCUCGCUCUUUUCUUCGAGCGGUCGACGGUCAUGUUGUAAUCUGCGCGACCUUCAUCAAUCCACGCUGCGAACCACGUUAAGGUCGCGAAGCCAGCUCUCCCCAGAAGGCAAGAUAAGUCGCGCUGAACAGAGAGUGAGAGAGAGACACGAACUGCAGGGUAUGAUACACUUCUCCCCCCAAGCCAACCUCACAUUUGUCCCCUUUCCCACGCUUCCCAACACCUCCCCUUUCCCCAAAAUCACCACUCAUCUGUCCAACACACCGCCAUCAUGAUGAGCGCGAUUCCCAUCAGCAUCAUCCGGUCACCAUCCACUCCUCAAAGGAGACGCAGACAUGGCGAUGUUUGUUUGAGUGAAAAUUCUUGAUGAAGCCUUGGCGUUCGAACUCAACCCGCACUGGACUUGUGCAGCGAUAAAUUUGCAAAGUCGGAACAGAUCAGGGGCAGACGCAGACACUACGCGCGUGGAAAUGUGGACAAGGACACGAGUGAACCUCAUGUUUAGAAUGUUUUGCAAAGCAGAACGCCUUGUUCCGCGGCGCGGCGGGCAUCGGUUGGUACAUCCACCAUGCGAAAAGGGAUACAGGAGGGCCAAGAGCAAGCAGACCGGGCAAUUCAGACGGCUCAGUUCCUCUCAAGGAUACUUGUCGAUGUUGCGAAGAGUGGCUUUCAUCCUCCACCUCUUCAGCUUCGCGUACAUCAAUCCCACUCCAUUCGACUUCGCCAUUCAAGACUUGCUGCGCAAGUUGCAGACAGAUGGGAUAUUGGAUUGGGUGCAGAGGGCGGGUCUACGGGCAGUGCACCUGACCCUUCCCCCCCUCGACGUGCGCUGUCUCGGGCCUUGGACCUCCACCACAGCGAACGGUCGGCUGGAUGUAGCCCACUGGAAACAAGGGACCACCCAACACCUUCUGGCCACCUCAACUCAGCUCUCCUUCACCACUCGCCGUCGGCUAGGAGACAGACAAUCCACGCUGGAAAACAGAAGCACUGAGAAAAGAACGUCUGCCAUUGAAGCCAAAUUCAUCACCUCCCGGCGCGGAGUCAAUUUUCACUGCAAAUCAAUCAAGCGUCCAUCGCCCAUCAAUCACGCAACCCAGGAAAACUGUCAACAAACACUUCAAUGCCCUCCAUCUCCAACUUCGCAAGAGGGCGACCUUCCCAGCUUCUUUAAGUGCUCUUCAGGAGUUGGCUUCUCCUCCAAUCCAGCACCGCUCGCGCUUCAAGGGUCCCAUCAACUGCGCCUUCCACAGGCACCAAAACAUCAAACGAUUUCACUACAGACCAAGUGGUCGGGGGACAAAAAUCGCACUUCUACAUGUCAAUCUCACAUCGACACUUCAUACACAAACCACACACGCCGUCUUGCCAUAUCCAUGCCGUUCCUGAUUGCUAACCAACGUUUACAGUUCUCUCCAGGCAAGAUACAACACGAUCGCCCUCCAUCAUUCCCCUACCAUCACAAUUCUGUGUCUUCGGCGCAUUCACCACACCACAAUCCCUGCCGCCUCGACGCAUUCAGACUAGUGCAUUCCUCCAUCACCCACUGCUACAUCAAGGUAAGCUGCAAGCCGACGGCCGGCAAUUAACCGCUCCGACCCCCGUCCUUCUCCACUUCAUGUUCCUCGACAGCAAGUUUAGCCGGGAGGAAUACCUUUGAAGAUUUUAUUCCACCCAUCGAACCUUAACUUCCUCCAAACUCUUAUCUCCACCCCACCUCUUGAAAGAGUUUCUUCUCCCAUACCCCCAACGCUUCCAUCCCUGGCAGCCCCCAAUCAGCGUCGAGUUUUCUUCCCUCGCUCGUCUGAUCACCCUGCUGCACCGUCACGCUAGAAGGCGUGCCAAAAGUAGUGCACCUCCAUCGGAUAGAUGCUAAUUGGCUCCAGCUGUGCAGUGCUCUCCACCAAUGAUUGUAUGAGGAUUUCUUAAACUUCAUCGUCUCUCAGAGCGUCUUCUUCCAUAACGGAGGAAGAGGCCGAUAUAAUGCAGAACUGGCAGCAAAAUGGCCAGACGGGUUCUGCUCAAGGCCACAAUAAUAUGUGGUCGGGCUCCUACGCGUUCCCUGAUGGAUCCAACCAGUUCGAUGCCUCCCAAAAUUGGCAGCAUCAAAUUCCCAACCAAAAUGCUUUCCCACAACUUGCCCCACGAGGGGGAGGCAACACAAACGAGAAUAAUCUCUAUGCUUCACCACAUCAAGGGCAUGCUGUCGUAGCCAACGACCACAACGGCAUGUCGACAUUGAAUCACGGAAACUUCCAUAACGGCCAUGGCCAAUUCUCGCUUGACACUGCAUACACAGACGCUGGCCAAGAAGACCCUUUGGCUAGUCUAAGUGAAUACCCCCAAGACUUGUACGGCCAGCCGAGCAAGGCUGAUUUUAACAACGCCAACAUCGACAACCUCAACCACAGUCAUACUCCUGACUUCACACAGCAACAGUUUCAAUACAACGGUCAGGCUAAUCAGCUGUUCAAUGGAAAUGUUCCUCAAUAUACCGAGGCUCAACUCAUGCCUCAGCAUGGCCACCAGUCCCAGGCGCAGCUGCAGCAGCGCUUCGACUCUGUUCCCCAGUCAUUCUCACCCGCUCCUCAGGGCUAUGUUCCAUCACCUCAACAACAUCAGGCUCAGCCUGAGAGAGUCUUUUCUCAAUCACCUCAUCCCUUUCAGGGUCAGCCGCCUCGUCAACAAAACAGCCAGGGAUUCUCUACUCAGACGCCUCCGCCAUCUUUCCAGCAAAAUCAACCGCCGCAAUACCAGCAGAGCAAGUUUGUCCCUCAGCAAAUGUCUUAUGCUCAGCCUGUAGCAAGAUCACCUUUUCAACCCGUUGCUGCAAGGCAGAUGCCAGGUCAGGACUCGACACCUCAGCAAUCUCCGCAAGCCCAGCAACAACAACCAAUACACCAGGCCAAGCCAGUCCCUUCACCAGCGCCGGCUCGUCAAAUUCAACCACAACAGCUACAGCCGCAGCCGCAACCACAGCCGCAGCAGCUAUCACAUCAGCCGCAGCAGCAGCAGCCGUUGCAGCCGUUGCAGCCAUCACAACCGCAGCUCAUCGCUGCAGCGCCGGCUUCUCAACCUGAGACGCCUAUCAUCGACCCUGCACUCCAACCUGAGCCGGCGCCGCAGAAGAAGCGCAAGCGUGUCGUCAAGAAGGAGCCCGAACCUGAACAAGCCGACUCCCCUGGCGAUACGACUGUUAAAAAGGGAGAAGAUGGAGAAACACUGGUCCUGCCUUCUAGCACCGAGGAAGAAUUGUCUCUCCUGGCACAAUUCAAGAAACGCAACGCCACAUCCAAGAAGCAGUUCCCUCCCAUUCCCGGAGCUUCGUUUCUUGUUGCUACUGGCUCAGCCAAGUUGAUCCCGCCCAAGAGUUACGACCGACUCGCGCCUCUAGUCGCUUUGCCGUCGCCCAAUGGAAGACGUAUCUUGCCCGAACUCCGCCCCGAUCUUCCAUGUGAAAUUCAAGGGAGGUUCAUGGAAAACUACAAGCCGUCCCCAAACUUUGUCGGAAAACCGGACGAUCGCGAGACGGAGGCAAGACCCCUCAUUGACCAAUAUCAACGUGAGAUGACGAGCUUGGGUCUUCGGCGACCUAAGUACGCCGACUACCCCUUCGCCUUUCAGGAACAGCUCAAGGCCGACGAGGCCGCCAAAUCCAAAGCCCAGAGAAAGGCUCGAAAGGAAGAGGAAGAAGAACGAAAGAAGCCCAUUCGUCCUGAGAAGCGGCCAGCAGACCCUAUUGAGGGUGCUGUCUGGGACAUCCUUGGCAUUGUCUACAUUGAUCCUUCCGCGACCAGAACUAAUGCGCUCAUUGCUGGCGCCGUUCAGUCUCUCGGUGAGUUCUUCAUCAAGCUGAGAUCGGAGACGAACCGUUUGAAGCAGGAACUCGAUCAGGCAACAAAGGAGAAGAAGCCUGAGAAGGAAAUUUCAGAGUGGAAUAAAAAGCUCGACGUCAAGAAGGAGACCUUCACUCGAGUUUGCGAAGCGGCAGCCAAACACGGCGAUGAGGCCGUGCUGGAGAACUUUGGCGGUCAUCAGAAGGGCAUCUUGAGUCUGGUCAACAUGUUGAUAGGCGCCAUCAAGGCUGGUGAUUUCAGCGGACCUCUGCCCAAGGCUCUUCUUCGAUUCAUGUCAAAUAUCAGCAUGUUCAAGAAAGUUACAGAAGCUGUCAACUUCGAGAAUGUGCGGAAGCGCCUUGCUGACAAGGGCGAUGCUGAGGUCAAGGAACUGGUCCGUACGAUAGCGUCGAGGAUUAAGAAAGACACAGAAACAGCCAACGGGGUCGAGAUCAAGAAGACAACGUCGGCUGCUCCUGUCAGCAAAGUCACCAAACCGAUCGCUAAGCCUAUUGAUGGCUCUCCUGCCAAGAGAGUUCGGGAUGAGGAAACCGAUUCUCGCAUUACCAAGAAAAUAGCCGUCGAGUCAACAACAGGUGGUGUGCUAGGUAACAAGGUCGGGGCCAAGCCGGUUGCCGGAAGUCUGCAAUCCAAGUUUGCUGGUGUAAAGCGACCAGUGCAAUCGACUACCCUUGCCAGCAAAAUUCGGGCGCCUAAGCCAGUUGGGACAAGGGACGUCCCUAAGGGUGAGCCUUCGAAAUCCGAAGGACCCAACACGGCCACGCCUAUGGAUGUAGACAAGAAGCCAGCAGCAUCAGCAGUCAAGCCCGAGUCAAGGGCGUCUGCUCCCAAGGCCGCUGUCUCCGGCGGCUCCUCUUUGUCCAGCAUUGCUUCUCUACUCGACUCCAUUACCGCGCCUAAGCCAGACGGGCCCUCAACACAGGCGAAGGAUUCGAGCAAGAAAGAUAUCUCGGAAACACCUGAACAGAAGGCAAAGCGACUUCGUAAAGAGGCCCGCCGCCAUCUACGUGUCAGCUUCAAGCCCCCUGAAGAGCUGGUGGAGAUUCGCAUUUUCACCAAAGAGGUCGCAGAAGGCGAAGAUAAUAUGACCAAGGACGCAGCGGAUGACCGAUCCGAGGGAAUGAUGCUCAAGCAGCGUAAUUACAAUGAGGACGAUGACGAGGAGGACGAGUUGCCAGAGAAGCCUUGGAGCAUGCCUACCCUCGCCGACCUUUCUGGAAUCCCCGAAGACAUUCGCAAAAAGUCUUACGUCACUCGUGGCGGUAACCUGACUUUCCACACAGAGGAACAGAAAGCCAUAGAGGAGCGGGAGAAGAAGGAGCUCAUGGUCACCUACAUGGACAUUGCCGACAUUCCGCCUACACCCAAGUCUCCAGCCCCCGAGUCUGCGACGGUCACGAGCGAUUCUGAGGGCAAAGUCUAUCAGUUGCCUCAGGGUGAGCCGAAAUUUGACGAGAUCCACAAGCGCUGGAAGGAGACACAGACAUUCGGUUGGGAGGCGGCGCAGUACUAUGCUCGCAAGCGCCUUGAUGCCAAGGACGACCCCGGUGCGAAGAUCAACUCGAUUUUGGGCAACCUCAAGCCAAUUGCCCCGGCCGUGGUGCCCGAACCGUACAACAUGACACCGCCCAAGGAGCACGCGCAGCCGAUCCUGCCUCCCGCAGUGGAGAUGCAGCCCGUUCCGGCGAUACCUUUCGACGAUAAAGUCCACAGCAUUCUCACCUCCGACGAGGUGAAGACCUGGCGUGAUGCCAACCCGUUCAACUCGGCUGCCCCACAGACUCACCGACGCUACGACUAUCCGGACCCCAACAUUCAAGCAGCCGCCAACCAGGUCGAGGAGGCGGCUGAGACGUUGCGAGGACUGCCAUACCCGGCGACUAGUCCACCAGCAUACUUGGCAAAUGACCAGGAAAGAACGAGAGAGUGGUGGGCCGGAUACCAGAAGGACGUUGCGGUGAGAGCCAGGAAGGAGGCAGAGGAUACAGCUCGUAACGCACCCCAGAACGAGGCCCAGACUCAACAACCCGCUGCAUCUGAAACUCAAGAGCAGCAGUGGGCAGCUUAUUACCAGCAACAGCAACAAUACGCACAGUACAUGGCCAUGCUACAGGGCGGACAACCUCAGCAACCAGCUCAAGCAGCACCUACCCCGGCUCCCGCGGCACAGCCUUCACAAGACUCUCAGCUUCAAGCGAUGCUCGCUCAGAUGGCCCAGCAGCAGCCGGCAUCGCAAGGCAACGCAUAUGGGCUGAACGCAUCAGACACUGGCUACCAGCAGCUGAUGAUGCUCGCACAGCUCCAGCAGCAGCCUCAGCAGCAGCAGCAGCAAGCACCGCCUCCGCCAGCCGCUCCACAGUCUCCGCCUGAGCACGACGCGAACUCGUAUAAGCCUCCUCCCCACCUUCAGCGCCAGCUUGUGGACUACAGCGACCGAGACACUAGAGACGAGUUCGAGCAUCACGGUGGACGCGAGCGGGAUAGGGAACGCGGCCGUGAUCGUGAUCGCGAAGGAAAGGGUGGUAAGCAGGGCAAGAACCGCAAGGGCAACGCUCCUGGCGGCGCCACGCUCGCUCCCCAUCGCCCUGUCAAUCGGGCUCUCAUCGGAACCAAGCCUUGCAGCUUUUGGCAGCAGGGCAAGUGCGCUAGAGGGGAGAAGUGCACUUUCAGGCACGACAAUUAAAUCUGCAAACGCCAUGCGGACUAUGUACAUUCUAGUCACAGUUGGCUGGAUCUGGGGAACAGGAACCCCGGGAUUUUCUUUUGUUAUAAUACUCGCCGAACCUGGGAAGCGAGGGAUUCGGACACGUCCCAUGAGGCAGAGGUUGGGAAAACGAAGACAGCCCGGGGAAUGUAACAGGGCAGAGGUCUUUUUUCCUCUUGUUUUUCGGCAUAGCAUUAUCAGGAACUGGGGUCUAGCAUUUGCAUCAACGAAGUCGUGGAUCAUGGAAACAGGGAUGGGUCUUGAGGAAACAUGCAUAACAGGACUGGACGGGGGUUUUGAGAUGAUCAUUGUUGCGGCCACUUCGCGUGCCGCUUACUUACCUGGUCCCAAUGGACCAGACCAGUACCUUUGUACACUAGCCACC